AUGUCCAACACCCUCGAUGCGUGCGUGCCGGCUCCCGUGUGCAAGGACAAGACGUACACAUGGGACAACAAUACGUUCCAUGACUACUACAAAGAUAUUGGCUCGUAUCUCGGCGAUUCCAGCAAGGUUGACUGGGUCGGGCAGGGCGAGCCCAUUCCGUUUGAGGGCAAUGUCCUCCUGACCAUGCCCGAGCACUCGGUCGGCACCGUUCUCGCGACAACAACAUAUAUGUGGUACGGCAGUGUCAAGGCGAAGUUGAAGACAUCGCGGGACGCUGGUGUUGUGACGGCUUUCAUUCUGCUCAGUGACGUUAAGGACGAGAUUGACUACGAAUUCGUUGGAACCGAGCUAGACACUGCCCAGACAAACUACUAUUUCCAGGGCAUCCCAGACUACGACAACUCGGGCAACAUCACGGGAUUAUCGAAUACAUAUGACAACUUCCACGAGUACGAGAUUCAGUGGACGCCUGACACCAUCACCUGGCUUGUGGACGGCAAGGUCGGCCGCGUCAAGAAGAAGUCGGAGACGUACAAUGCGACAGCGCGUCAGUGGAACUACCCGCAAACGCCAUCGCGUGUUCAGAUCUCCAUCUGGCCCGGUGGUCUCGAUACGAAUGCGAAGGGAACCAUUGACUGGGCAGGUGGCCCCAUCGAUUGGAAUUCGCAGGAGAUCAAGGACUACGGUUACUACUUUGCAACAUUCGGCGAGAUCGACGUCAAGUGCUAUAACGCCAACAGUCCUCCUGGCACUAACAAGAAGACGUCUUACUACUACAAUGACGCCUCGGCAACUAACAACACGGUCGUCGACAGCGACAAGCCUACCGUGCUAAAGAGCUUCCUCGGGAGCGGAACCGACAUGAACGCCGGCAGCAGUACUGCGUCGGGCUCGGCCAGCCAGCCAUCCAAUUCCAAUGUCAAUACGGUCCCCGGCGGCUCCAGCACCCCUGCACAGGUUCCCGGUGGCAACUCUGGGUCGUCUAGCGAGAGUUCUUCGAACGGCGGUGAUUCAUCUUCGAGUAGCAACAGCGGUAAUUCCGGGGGCACCAGCAACUCCGGGAGCAACUCCAACUGCCCCAGCACAGGGUUCUCUCAGAGCUGCGGCAGCUCAAGCACCAACCCUAAGAACGACGGUGUCCGCGUUGUCGAGCGAUCGCUGGGCGGUAGCGCCCUGGCCGGCAUCAUCGGCUUUGCAUGGUUGCUUUUGCUUUGA